GUCAAUAAGAUUAACCUCUACAUCGAACUAGAAAAUUGACAGAGAGCAAUUCAAACUCGGCUAAUAUGUCGCAUAUCGCCGCAAUAAACGGAAGCGAUUACUUCGCAACUUUUCAAAGGAUUUUAGAAACGCGUUCGACUGGUCUGGCUGCUGUAGAAGCCGGGUUCUUCGUGACGAUCAAUUUUACGGCGUUGUUCGGUAACUUCCUCCUUUGCACAGUUCUGCUAAAGGAUUCAUCUUUUCGCAGUAUUACAAACAUAUUGAUAUUAACUCUUUGCGUGGCUGAUAUUCUAAUGGGAGCAGUUUGUAUGCCUCUCUCGUGCGGUGUUCUUAUACAAGGAAAAUGGAUCUAUGGUGAUAUUGCAUGUCGACUUCAAUGCUUUUUCAUCUACUUCUUAGCUUUCGUUUCCCUUCAGACCAUCGUGUUAACAUCACUUAACAGAUUUUUCAAAGUGGUUAAGCCACGAAGAUACCGGCGCAUUUUCACAAUGAAAAAGACAGUGGCCACAUUGACUAUACUUUGGCUGAUAACCGCACUUAUACUGGCUAUUCCUUUGGCCACUGGAGCCUUUAGUGCUACGUUUAACCCUGCAAAAGCUGCUUGUGUGAUUUUUAAAAGAGGUGUUGAGAUGGAGCAGAAUAGCUAUCCAGGUAUUUUAAGAGGGCUGCUACUGCUAUUCUUCGCAGUUAUUCCUUCAAUUGUUAUAUUUACUUGUUAUUAUAAGAUAUUUCGGGUUGUUGGGGAGCAUUUUACGCGAGUCGCGCCAAAUCUUCAUAGGAUAAACAGAAGAAGAAGCUCUCGAUUAAAUUCGCAAGAAAUGCGGACUACAAUUACAUUGUUUGCCGUGGUCGUUAUGUUCUUCCUAAGCUGGCUUCCCGUAUUUUUAAUCGAGAUUACCCAAGCGUUUUUCAUCAAUUGGUGGAGAAUUCCCCGUGAAGUUCAACUCAUGUGGACAUUUUUUGGCAGUUUCAGCAGCGCUGCGAACCCUCUAGUAUAUGGCUUUGCAAAUUCAUCUUAUCGACGCGAAUACAAAAAGUUGUUAACCCUUAAAUGGAAAAAAAAAUCCAAAGGAAGAAGGGACAAUGAAGUAAGCAAAAGUCCAUCAGUUGCGAUGGCAACUUUAAAUCUCCCGUCAUGAAUUCUUGUUCUUUUAUUCGUGAAGGGGGUAUUUAGAAUCAAUUUGAAAAAUGAGCACAUGCUAAUGUACCGCUGUAUACACAGACAUUAUCAACAAACCUAAAUGUAAACAUUCAAUAAAAACAGCUACUUAGAAGUCA